UGCGUCUCUUUUGGCUCUCCACCUGAGGAAGGCGGCGAUGCGCCCCUCACUUCUCAGUGAGUUUGUUGCCGUCGCCCUUGACGCGCUUGGUCCACUUGAUGCGCGGGACGUACCGGUAGUGCUGCCCACCAAACGCACCCCCGCCACGCGCCUUCUUGAACUCCUCCAGACGCAGCUUCUCAAGUGCAUCGUUGUCAACCUCAGACUCGUCCUGAAGGCACGCGAGAAUAAUGAGGCUGCGGCUGUGCUGUGGCAUUCAUUUCCUUCUCUUCUCUUCUGCUGACGAAUUUGCGCUUCCUUGGCUGUUGUGACUCCCUGGCCAUGUGAGCCUCGGUGCCGCCCUCCAAGUCAGCCAGCAGAUCAUCCCGAUCGUCCAUGUCUCCAUCGUUGGCCGGGCCGGCCCCCAGCGCGUCCAUCCCCUCUCCUGCUGCUGCCGCUGCAGCUGGUGCGGGUCCGCCGAAUGGAAAGGCCUUGUCUUUGCCCUUGCCGCCCCCCACGCCGCCCGGCAUGCCGCCUCCGGUGCCGCCCUCCAGGUCCAUGGCUCGCCGCUGGGGGGGCAUUGGGUGGUCAGGUGCUUCCUGCUCUUCUUCGCUGUCUGGUGGGUUGGGGUGUGAGAGGGCGAACUCCUGGUUGUGAAAGAUCUCCUGCAGACGCUUCAGGUAAUGGUGACGAGACUCGCCCUUCUUGCUGUCGUCGCGACUCCGCAACUGUGGGCCAUACAAAGCCAUACGCUUACUAACAUUCAUGUCUAUAUGUGGGUAAUGGUUGUGUUACCAGGCUGACGAGGUCCCAUCGCUUGAGGGUCUUAACCCUUUCCCACUCAUAUCCGUAUCGCAUCAGUCGCCGCCGCAGAUCUGGUUCCUUGAGCCUGCGGUAGUCCUCGGUCGCCCUUUUGCUGUCCUUGCUCUCCUUGUCCUCCUUCUUUUUGCUCUUGCGCUUGAGGAAACUCAGACCCUCACCGCGACCUGCUGACGGCUCACCGGGACCAUUGAGCACAAACUGAAACGACUCGUGCGUCUUGCCAGCCUGACGACGCAACACCAGACAACAUCCAUGGGGUGGCCGCAUGUAUGAAUUUGUGGUUGUGCAUAUGUAUGUCAGUCUUCUUAUCACCCUGGUUCUUCUGACGUCUUCACAGAAAACGUGGUAGUUCUCAGCCGGGUUCCAAGGCGAGAUGGCAAGCGUCUCCUCCACAUAAGUGAUGAGUGAAGUCAUCGCGCGCAGUCACAGACAGUGACGAACGGGAGUGGUCCUGGUAGUUGCGCAAGCUCAUGGGCGGCAGCGGCCGCAUGCCGCCGUCAUCCUCCCCCUCCUGCCGUGUCGUGCUGCUGUACUUGCGCAUGGCCUCUAGCAGAGCCCGUGCUGCGUCCUGGCUCCCAGGUUCGAGCGCUCGGUCACGGGCGAGGGCGUUGGCCUUCUCGGAGCGCUCGACAUGGGUGAGGAAGAGCUUGAUCAUGCGGAACACGUGGGGCUGCAGAAGGGGGACGACGGAAGGGAUGCACAAAUGUGAUUAUCCAUCUGUGGGGGUAGGGUGGGGGCUGUGUCACGUGUUACCAUUUCGUGAGCAGGAAUGCGUUUCAGGCCUGCAUCCAGCAGCCGCUUCACGCCGGCCUCGGCACUCUCAAACGCGCACACCUGCACAGCACAUCGAAAAUGCACGAUGGUCAGUUCAAUCGAUUUGCGUGCUAUAGCUGACCUCCAUAAGGUUGAGCAGUCUCCUGAGAGCGAGUUCCCAGGUGUCAAGGUUCUCGACGUCGCCCCUCCCGUUGAUGAUGAAGUCCCUCAGUGGCUUGGGCAGCCACCUGGCGUCCUCCAUGAGCAGAACCUGGCGCAGCUUGUCCAGCGGCACAUGAGACAGGUGACGAUCGACCCUGAAGUUGCGCUCGAUCUUCUUGCGCCACUCGUCAUUCUCGCUCUGAGGACGCUCCUGCAUGUGGAAAUGCGCACUGACCACAGACAGACAGAACGACACAGGCAGAUAGAGAGAAAAAGAGCCGUAGACGCGUUUGCGCAGGGUGUCGUAUUGCAGGUCUGUGCGCUGACCGCUGGUAGUAGGCGAGCAUGCGUUUGAGGUUGUAGACGGGCGAUGGGUCCUUGCCGGGCGGCGCCGGUGCACUGACGGCCGCCAUGGGCUCACACUGCCCCACCGUGUACACGGCACACGACAUGGGAGCGUCUUGCCAUCCCCACGCACACAGGUAAGCGGGCGUAUCAUGAGCUGCACAUUGCAGAGGAGUAGCUCGUCCUCGUAGUUGUGCUUCUUCUUGGGCCGGUGCUCGUCGCCUGGGUUGCGGUAGACGGAGAGGGGCUUGGCCUCGGUGUUCUUGAAGUUGGAUAUGAGCAGGAAGUGAUUGGAGAGUGGGGGCGACUUGGGAUGUGUGGCCUUGUGGCACCAGACGGGCCCCUUGAAAACGCCCUCAGCGAUGGAGAGGGCGUGAUGCGGCUUGGCGCGGAUCUUGUGCUCCAACAGGGUGUACUUGGGCUCCUUGACGUUGAACGAAUGCACCUGGCCGUACGGACCCAGACGGGCCUGCUGCUUGGGUGAUAUCUCACCCCUGCAAACACACAAACAAACCAUACGAGCGGACGGACUUAUGGGCGGUAGGUGUUGCGUCUGGGCUGUUACUUACCAUUGGUACUUGGUGAUUCGUAUGCCCAUGCCGAAUCCGCUGAGCAGGAGGGGUUGCUGCUCAAUGAGCUCCAAGACAGCCAUGGGCAUCGUGUCGCUGCACAUACAGAUACAUUCUGCAUGUAUCCACCCGUCCACCCAUCCAUCCGUCCAUCUGUGCAAGGACCCUCGCAUAUGAAAGCGGAUGCCCACCUCAUUGAUAGGCCAGUGAAGUCCAUGAAUGGGUCUGUCUCGGGCACCUCAUCUGCCCCAUCACCUACCACUGGUGGCGGAGGAACGGCACAAGUACGCAACAGAAAACACAGACGCAUGUUUGCGACCGUAUGGCAUAUAUGGACUUCGCGAGACGAUUGCUGACUUGAUACCGAAAGGCGGCGCCUGCGGGUACUUCUUCAUGUAUGAGGGCAGCAGCGCGGCCACGGCCCUGAAGUCUAGCCGAUGCCACCAGGUGAGGUCCUUUAGCCGCCACACGAGCCGUGUGCCCUCUUCCCGCCACCCGUUCAUGGUGUGCAUGGCCAGGCCGCCCUCGGGGCCCUCCAUGAUGCCCAGCCCUCCGUCAAGCCUGUCGCGGAAUAGCUGCGUGCGCGCCUCGUAGAAGGUGUCGUGCGACACGUGUGGGUGGUAGGAGGUGGGCAUGGAGGCUAGCUCCUCCUGAAGGGCGUCCAACACAGCCAGGUGGAACUCCUCGGGGGCUGGUCCGUCCAGGGGAAGGUCCUCCACCUGAAAUGGAUCGACGGAUGGACAUAAAGAGAGAAAUCAUAACCCCUUUGCUUGCAUCAGGAUUUCCUCUGUCCGUUUCCUCACCUGGCUUAGCGCGUCAGCGUUGGGCAUCCCAUUCAGAGCCGACAGCUGGCAGCGGGCACGGAUGUGACCAGGCAUGCCAGUGGGCGACUGAACACGGACAGCAGUGGGCAGUCUUGUCGUGUGCGCGUUCCUUUGGGUGCGGUGUGUCUCACUUGUUCAUCUUGGUCGUCUUGCUGUUGCUGCUGUGCCUCUCGUUUCUUCUCCUCCCGUAACUUCAUCAGGAAGUCGUGCCGCGCCUUGCUCCAGCCCCAUAUCUCGUACCAGUCGCGAUAUGUCGGCUCGUCGUGCCAGCUCUGAUCAUCCACCCGAGGCGAACAGCGAAACGGACACAGAUGCAUCCACGUGAUGUCCUGGCAGUGUGUCUCUCUCUGCCCACACUAAAGACGACAGGCAGGCUGACUUGUUCAUGCAUCUAAAAGAA